CCACUGGCACAAGGGGUUGAUCUAGUCUGAAAAGCCAUGUGCAGAUGGAAGAACCUGUACCACAAUCUUGAAUAAUGUAAUGUUACAUAGUUAUUUCAAUGGGGUCAUGGAUGUCCUUACUUCCUUCGCAAUGAGCUCCUCUGCACUCAGCUGUCAGCUCUUGGCUUCCUAAAGGUAGCAUAGUACUCUACUCCAAUGGGGAGAUCACCAUGCUGUGACAAGGUUGGCCUAAAGAAAGGUCCAUGGACAUCGGAGGAGGAUGAGAAGCUUCUUGCCCACAUCGAGGAGCAUGGUCAUGGGAGCUGGCGUGCAUUGCCUUCCAAGGCCGGUUUGCAGAGGUGCGGCAAGAGUUGCAGACUGAGAUGGACCAACUACCUGCGGCCGGACAUCAAGAGGGGCAAGUUCAGCUUGCAGGAAGAACAGACCAUCAUCCAGCUUCAUGCUCUUCUUGGCAACAGGUGGUCUGCCAUCGCGACGCACCUGUCGAGGCGCACCGACAACGAGAUCAAGAACUACUGGAACACCCACCUCAAGAAGAGGCUAGCCAAGAUGGGAAUCGACCCCGUCACCCACAAGGCCACCAACGGAGCUCCUGCAGGCACCGCAGCCGACGUCAGAUCAGCCAAGGCCGCAGCCAGUCUCAACCACAUGGCCCAAUGGGAGAGCGCCCGGCUCGAGGCCGAGGGGCGGCUGGCUCGAGAAUCUAUGAUGCGCACAGCAGCCUCCACACCAACCUCAAUCCCUCUGCAUCCAAUAAACUUGCCAGAGCCUACCACUCCCCCGUGCCUCGGCAUGUUGCAGCCAUGGCAGGGCGCGAAGCUAGACCUGGAGUCACCCACCUCCACACUGACGUUCAUUGGUAAUAAUAACAGUGUCAGCCUAGGGGCGUCUGAAAGCAACUCCGCGAUGUGGAAGUUGAGAAGCGAUGAUCUGGAGUGCGAAGAGAACAGCGUGCGCAAGUUCCUCCGCGAGCAGCAGAUGCAAGGACUGGAAGGCGCGGAGAGGGGAGAGCACAUCAUUGGCUGCGAGGAGCCGUGGUUCCAAGGGACGGUAGGCGUCGGAGCUGGCUUCACAGACAUGCUGCACGAUACAUUGGAUUGCUGGGGCGAGUCCAGCAAUGGCCAAGCCGAGCUCAGCGGGCAGGUCUCCGGGGACGGAGAGAGCGGCAGCAGCAGCUACUGGAGCGGCAUCCUCGGCAUGGUGGUCACCUCGGAGCUGCCACCAUCCCACCCCCACCCACCAGCAUUUCUCUAGGACGACGGCCGUCUCUACAUUCUUCUUCUUUCCGGCCAGGGCUUGCGCCGAAAUCGACCGAAUCCUCCGAAAUCGGAAGAAAAUAGCAAGAGGAAGAGCACGGCACUGCGAUUCUACAACUACUACUGGCAAUAGGUCGCUGUUUUUGGCUCAUCCUCAUGUGUAAUUAGCCACUACGUACUAAUGUAUUGUGACCCUGAGGAUGCAGUAAAUAAAUGCAUAUUGCUUUCUA